UGCUGAGAGAGAGAGAGAGAGACAGAAGAGCACAUAUAUGCUUUUGAACAUCCAGAGAGAGAGAGAGAGAGAGUGAGAGAGAGAGAGAAGAGGGAAAAGGCAAUUAAAAAGCAAAAGCAGCUGCAGUUUCAAACUCCAUUAAUACCAUUUUCUUUAUUUCUUGGAGUUUCUUUUCUCUCCCUCUCAACUUAUAUUUCAGCUUGCAUUAGCUCAACUAUCAACAAUUUUACACACACACACACACACACACACACACACUUACAUACAUAGAAUCAUCCAAGAAGAUAUAGUUUGAUGGCUGAAUGAGGUGCAAGACUGACGAAUACAUUUGAGAUAAUGUUGCCGAAAGCUCAAGGUUUGCCAUAUUUACAAUCGAUUAAAUCUCUGCCUGUUGAUUUUAGGUUAGUUGGUUCGUGGGAACCUUCUUCUAUUGGAAAGGCUGAGGCUUUAAAUAUCAGCAAGACGGAAAUGAUCUCCGAGAGUAUAUCUGAGAAUGGUGAGUUGGCUGGCGGCGGUGUUGGGAACAAGAUUGCUAGGAAUGAAGAUGAAUCGCCUUAUAGUAGUGUGAACUUAGCACUUGAAGAAGAGAAUUUUGCUAGUGACGAAAGCUUGGGUUUUGCAGCUGAUCCUUUACGGCAUAAUGAAUCAAAGUGGAACGACACCUCCUAUUAUGUUGCAAAGAAGAAACUUCAAUCAUGGUUUCAACUUCCUGAUGGCAAGUGGGAACUAGCAAUGAUCCUGUCAACUUCAGGGACAGAAUCAGUUGUAACACUGUCAGGAGAAAAGGUUCUAAAGGUGAAAUCUGAUAGUCUGACUCCUGCAAAUCCUGAUAUCCUUGAUGGCGUAGAUGAUCUCAUGCAACUAAGUUACUUGAAUGAACCAUCAGUGUUGUACAAUCUGCAAUAUAGAUAUGAACGAGAUACAAUUUACACAAAAGCAGGUCCAGUGUUGGUUGCCAUUAAUCCCUUUAAGAAGGUCCCUUUGUAUGGGAAUGAUUACAUUGAAGCUUAUAAGCGUAGAUCCAAUGAUAGCCCACAUGUGUAUGCCAUUGCAGAUGCUGCUAUACGUGAAAUGAUACGUGAUGAAGUCAAUCAAUCUAUUGUUAUCAGUGGUGAAAGUGGGGCAGGUAAAACUGAAACAGCAAAGAUAGCAAUGCAAUAUUUGGCUGCACUUGGAGGUGGUAGUGGAAUAGAAUAUGAGAUACUAAAAACUAAUCCAAUUUUGGAAGCAUUUGGUAACGCGAAGACAUCAAGGAAUGACAAUUCAAGUCGUUUUGGAAAGCUGAUUGAAAUUCACUUCAGUGAAACUGGAAAAAUAUCCGGUGCCAAUAUUCAAACCUAUUAUGAUUGGUUACAGUUUUACUUGAGAAGGGUGGUUCAGUGUACAGAGGGAGAAAGGUCAUACCACUCAUUUUAUCAGCUAUGUGCAGGGGCUCCCCCUGCUCUUAGAGAGAAGUUGAAUCUCAAAAGUGCAAGUGAGUAUAAAUAUUUGAGUCAAAGCAAUUGCUAUACAAUUUCUGGGGUGGAUGAUGCUGAAGAAUUUCGUGUCGUAGUGGAAGCUCUUAAUGUUGUUCAUGUCAGCAAAGAGAACCAAGAGAGAGUUUUCGCAAUGCUUGCUGCGGUAUUGUGGCUAGGGAACGUGUCCUUCACUGUCAUCGAUAAUGAGAACCAUGUUGAACCUGUAGUUGAUGAAGGUCUGGUGACUGUUGCUAAGUUGAUGGAGUGUAAGAUUACCGACUUAAAGCUAGCUUUGUCGACUCGACAUAUGAAAGUACGAAAUGAUAAUAUAGUUCAGAAAUUGACGCACUCUCAGGCUAUUGACACACGAGAUGCACUGGCAAAAUCAAUGUAUUCUUGUUUAUUUGAUUGGCUAGUAGCACAAAUAAACAAGUCACUCGGUGUAGGCAAGCACCGUACUGGAAGAUCUAUCAGCAUCCUUGAUAUCUAUGGAUUUGAAUCGUUUGAGAGAAAUAGUUUUGAACAGUUCUGCAUUAACUAUGCUAAUGAGAGAUUGCAGCAACACUUCAAUCGUCAUUUAUUCAAACUAGAGCAGGAGGAAUAUAUCCAAGAUGGUAUUGACUGGGCUAAAGUGGAUUUUGAAGACAACCAAGAUUGCCUCAAUCUUUUCGAGAAGAAACCACUGGGGUUGUUGUCUCUAUUAGAUGAAGAGUCCACCUUUCCAAAUGGAACAGAUCUGUCAUUUGCCAAUAAGCUUAAGCAGCACCUGAAUUCUAAUUCUUGUUUCAAAGGAGAACGAGAAAAUGCCUUUACUGUAUGCCACUAUGCAGGCGAAGUCAUGUAUGAUACGACAGGGUUCCUAGAGAAGAAUAGAGAUCUGCUGCACUCGGACUCCAUUCAACUUCUGUCAUCUUGCGUGUGCCAUCUACCUCAAGCGUUUGCGUCCAAUUUGCGCACUCAAUCUGAAAAGCCAGUAGUUGGUCCAUUAUAUAAAUCAGGUGGAGCAGAUUCCCAAAAGCUGAGUGUAGUCUCGAAAUUUAAGGGGCAACUAUUUCAACUAAUGCAACGUUUGGAGAAUACAACACCGCAUUUUAUACGCUGUAUUAAGCCCAACAACUUUCAGUCUCCUGGAUUAUAUGAGCAAGGACUUGUACUACAGCAAUUAAGAUGCUGCGGAGUCCUAGAAGUUGUUCGGAUAUCGAGAUCUGGAUUUCCUACCAGAAUGACGCAUCAUAAAUUUGCCCAAAGGUAUGGGUUCCUUCUGUUGGACACUGUUGCAUCACAAGAUCCACUAAGUGUUUCAGUUUCUAUUCUUCACCAAUUUGGUAUUCUGGCUGAAAUGUAUCAAGUUGGCUAUACAAAAUUGUUCUUUAGAACUGGACAGAUCGGUGUGCUUGAGGACACAAGAAAUCGUACUCUCCAUGGAAUCUUACAUGUUCAAAGUUGCUUUAGAGGUUAUCAAGCUCGUCGUCAAUUUAGAGAGAUUAGGAGAGGAGUCACCACCUUGCAGUCACUUGUUAGAGGUGAGAAAACUAGAAAGGAGUUUUCUCGCUUACUAAGACAAUAUCGAGCUGCUGUAAUUAUUCAAAAGCAGAUCAAAGGCAGAAUCAACAGGAAUAUUUAUAAGGAAGUCUAUGAUGCAUCAGUUCUGUUACAGUCAGGAAUUCGUGGCUGGUUGGUCAGAAGAUGUUCAGGAAACAUAGGAUUACUACAAUUUGGAGCUAAAAAGGGCAAUGAGUCGGAUGAGGUGCUGGUAAAGUCAUCAUUCCUUGCGGAGCUACAGCGGCGUGUACUUAAAGCCGAGUCUGCUUUAAGAGUCAAGGAUGAAGAAAAUGACAUUCUUCACCAACGACUGCAACAAUACGAGAACCGCUGGUCCGAAUAUGAAGGAAAAAUGAAGUCAAUGGAAGAAGUAUGGCAGAAACAAAUGAGAUCAUUGCAGUCUAGUCUCUCCAUUGCAAAGAAGAGUCUAGCCCUCGAUGAAUCAGCGAGAAAUUCCGAUGCAUCAGUGAACGAUGAUAGAGACUCCAGCUGGGAAACAGGGAGUAAUUUCAGGAGUCGUGAGAGCAAUGGAGUGAGGCCAAUGAGUGCUGGUCUAAGUGUCAUAAGUAGAUUGGCUGAAGAGUUUGAUCAGAGGAGCCAAGUUUUUGGCGAUGAUGCAAAAUUCUUAGUUGAGGUGAAAUCAGGUCAGGUUGAUGCAAGCUUAAACCCUGAUCGAGAACUAAGAAGGCUGAAACAAAUUUUUGAAGGCUGGAAAAAGGAUUAUGGGGCAAGAUUAAGAGAAACCAAGGUGAUCUUGACCAAGCUAGGAUCUGAAGAAGGAUCUGGUGACAAGCUGAAAAAGAAAUGGUGGGGAAGGUUGAACAGCUCAAGGAUAAAUUAAUUUAAAAAUCCGUAAUUAUACUUUUCCGAUAUCUCAGCACCAACCAAUCUUCGCUUCUAGAGUUUGCAACACUCUUGCAAACAACUACAUUGCUAGUGACUAGAAUCUGUAUAUUGUUUGUCUUUCUCCUUUAGAUGGUUGAGAUCUGUUGGCAGAUUUGGUAAAGGUUAAGUCCAAUGUGUAGUAGCAUAUGAAUGAAACCUCUGAGAAUCUAACUAAUGUCAUAUGAAUACAUGCAAAUAGGACUUUGAAUAUUACAUGUA